UAGGGUUUUGUUCCAGCAGAUAAAGUCGCCGUUCCUCUUCUUCUUUAUUUCAGAAGCUGUCGCGCGUGAAGAGGAAGAAUCCUUUGGGUCCUCUUUCGUUUCUUAAGGAAUUGGCGGCGUAAGGGAACGUUAGCAUUCAAGUUAAACAUUAGUAGGGUUUCCGCAGAAAAGGAGGUACAGCAGCAGCAGAGUAGCAGCCAUGGUUCUUAAGACGGAACUCUGUCGCUUCAGUGGGGCCAAAAUUUACCCUGGGAAAGGCAUCAGAUUUAUUCGUUCUGAUUCUCAGGUUUUCCUGUUUGCCAACUCAAAAUGCAAGAGAUACUUCCAUAACAGGUUGAAGCCAUCGAAGCUUACCUGGACUGCUAUGUACAGGAAGCAACACAAGAAGGACAUUGCCCAAGAGGCUGUGAAGAAGAGGAGACGCACCACCAAAAAACCAUACUCCAGGUCUAUUGUGGGUGCCACCUUGGAAGUUAUCCAGAAGAGAAGAACUGAAAAGCCAGAAGUUCGUGAUGCUGCCAGGGAAGCUGCUCUUCGCGAGAUUAAGGAAAGGAUCAAGAAGACGAAGGAUGAAAAGAAGGCAAAAAAGGCAGAAGUGAUGGCAAAGCAACAGAAGACAGGAGGGAAGGGGAAUGCUCCUAAGGGCGCCGGACCAAAAGGUCCAAAGAUUGGUGGUGGUGGAGGGAAACGAUGAGCUUUGGGAAGGAUUUGUUGUGUAGACUUGUUGCGAUCUCCAAUUUGAAUUUUGUACUUGAAUGGAUUUCUGGUUAAUAUUAUUGAAUGCACUUAAGCCUAUGUUUAAAAUAAA